AUGAAAACUAAAGAGGAGUGCCCCACAUCCCCUGGCCAAGAUGCAGAGGUGUCAGGCCCCUCUAUCAAUGCGAACGAAACUUUCUCUGAAGAGAUCAUUAAGGAGAUAAUAAGCGGGAAAUUCAUGGCUGAGCUGACCAGUGCUAGGAAAACUGAGACUUCGGAUGGACCCGAAGAGGAGCGCCCCACAUCACCUGGCCAAGUCGCAAAGGUGUCAGGUCCGUUCAUCAAUAGGAAUGAAACGUACCCUAAAGACGUCAAGAAGGAGAUGUUGGCCGAUGCAACAGGGCAAUGCAUCGUUCAGCUGACCAGUGCUAAGAAGAAAACUGAGACGUCGGAUGAACCUGAAGACGAGUGCCCCACAUCACCUGGCCAAGAUGCAACGGUGUCAGCCCCCUUCAUCAAUAGGAACGAAAAGUGCUCUAAAGACAUCAAGAAGGAGAUGUUGGCCGAUGUAGAAGGAAAUUCAUCGGUGAGCUGACCAGUGCUAAGGAAAAACUGAGACGUCAGAUGAACCUGAAGACGAGUGCCCCACAUCACCUGGCCAAGUUGCAAAGGUGUCAGGCCCUUCAUCAAUAGAAACGAAACGUGCUCUAAAGACAUCAAGAAGGAGAUGUUGGCCGAUGCAACAGGGAAAUUCAUCGGUGAGCUAACCACUGCUAAAUUUGGUGGAAAGUACCAAAUAUUCCUCGGCUUCGUUAUGAAGUAUAUUAGGAAGUUUUUCCCAACUUCAGCUUCAAAGUCUAGACCAGAAGGCAUGAAAAAAUGA